AUGUCUGACGAUGUCGUGCUCUACGUUGCCUGGGACAUGUUGCAGGCGCUUGCGUAUCUUCAUGGACGCGGGGUCGUCCAUGGAGACAUCAGACCACAGAAUUUCCUUUCGUAUCCUCGCUUCCCAUCGUCCUCUAGGAACCAUUCAUAUAGUUACAAGCUCAUGGGCCACGGCCUUGUGCCCAAGGUCAUCCGAGACUGGUCUUUCCCAGGAUCCGCGUACACCGCCCCAGAACUCCGGGGCCGAAAAUACAAACCGACUUUCGCGUCCGAUGUGUGGAUGCUUGGGCUGGCGCUGUGGGAGCUUCACGCCUACGGCCUUUCUCACAAGGUCCCUCGCUCAUCGAAACCAGUUGCGGAGAUGUCUGCGGCGGAGUUUGUAGGGCUGGAGAAAAGGGUCAAGGGGUGCCACGGCUAUAACCACGGGAUCCUCUGCAAAUUGCUUCGGGAGAUGUUGGUGAGAAAUCCGAGGGGGCGGGCCACGGCAAUGGGUGCCCUAACGAGCCUUGCUGAGUUCAGAUUUAGGAGCAAUGAGGGUGGUACGUUGGAGGUCGACCUGCAGAGAGUUGAGGAGGCCAUUGGACACGCGAGGAAGGAGAUGUGGCAGCGGAGUGUCCUGGGACGGGCAGCUGAGAGGGUGAAGAGGCUUGUUGGGCGGCUUUUGGUCUUUAUGAUUGCGCUUUGGGUACGGGUUUUAGGGUGUCGUUGA